UUGGUAGGGGAAUCCUCUGCCACCCAGUGCCACCCUUCCUCUCCCUCUUUAUUUACUUCUUACGCCUCCCCACAUCGUCUUUCAUAAGGUUUCUUUAUUCCUGUCCUCUCUUCCUUUUCUCCUUCCAGGUGAAGUCGGUGAAGUGCUGAUCACAACCAAGGCAGCGAGAUGAGGGUAGGUUUAUGGCAACUUGGGCAAUCGAUUACAAGGCGGUUAUCUCAGGCCGGCAAGAAGGGAAAGUUCGAAGAGCUGGCAAGAAGAGGUUUUGCUACAGAAGGCGAACUAAAGAAGACAGUGUUGCAUGAUUUCCAUGUUGAGCAUGGCGGGAAGAUGGUCCCUUUUGCCGGGUGGAGCAUGCCAAUUCAGUACAAAGACUCCAUUAUGGAUUCAACCAUUAACUGCAGGACUAAUGGGGGACUAUUUGAUGUUUCACAUAUGUGUGGCUUGAGUCUCAAUGGGAAGGAUUGCAUUCCAUUUCUAGAAAAACUUGUAAUUGCAGAUGUGGCUGGGCUUGCUCGUGGAACUGGUACUUUGACAGUCUUCACCAAUGAGAAGGGUGGGGCAAUCGAUGAUUCAGUUAUCACUAAGGUGACAGAUGAGCAUAUAUACUUGGUUGUGAAUGCUGGCUGUAGGGACAAGGAUCUAGCACAUAUAGAGUCCCAUAUGAAAAUUUUCAAGUCAAAAGGUGGGGACGUUAAUUGGCAUAUCCAUGACGAGAGGUCGCUUCUAGCUUUGCAGGGUCCUCUUGCUGCACCAGUGCUACAGAUGCUAACUAAAAAUGAUUUGAGUAAAAUGUACUUCAGUGACUUCCACAUGCUAGACAUUAAUGGCUCUGCAUGCUUUCUCACAAGAACUGGGUAUACUGGUGAGGAUGGUUUUGAAAUAUCUGUUCCAUCAGAACAUGCAGUUGAGCUUGCGAAAGCCAUCUUGGAGAAGUCAGAAGGAAAGGUCCGGCUAACUGGAUUAGGUGCACGUGACAGCCUUCGACUUGAGGCUGGCCUGUGCUUAUAUGGAAAUGACAUGGAACAACAUGUGACUCCUGUAGAGGCAGGUCUAACUUGGGCAAUUGGAAAGAGAAGGAGAGCUGAGGGUGGAUUUCUUGGUGCAGAAGUAAUAUUAAAACAGCUUGCAGAGGGCCCACCAGUUCGACGUGUUGGCCUAUUAUCUUCUGGUCCACCUCCAAGAAGUCAUAGUGAAAUUCUGGAUUCUGCAUCCCAGCCACUUGGAGAAGUAACAAGCGGAGGGUUCAGCCCAUGUCUGAAGAAGAACAUAGCCAUGGGAUAUGUAAAAUCAGGCAGUCAUAAGGCGGGAACUGAGUUGAAGGUGAUUGUUCGUGGAAAAACUUAUGAUGCUGUUAUCACUAAAAUGCCUUUUGUUCCAACCAAAUACUACAAACCAUCGUAGACUCGUAGUUGUUUUUGCCUUCAACCGUCCUUUAAGAGCUGGUUGGAUUGGUUCCUCAAGUGCUAUAAAGUCCAAGUACUCCAUUCUUGGUCUUUUGAACUGUUUCGGUUUCUUCUUUAUAAAGACUAUCAGGAUCAAGCGAGAAAUGACUGAUUGUUUUC